AUGAAAACAUGGAAGCGGCAGAGGAAGGAAGAGAAGAAGAUGGUGUCAAACGAGGAGAGAGAGGCAGAGGAUUGGUGCUUCAUCUGCAAAGAUGGUGGAGACCUCAUGUUAUGUGACUACAAGGACUGUGUAAAAGUUUAUCAUCCUGGAUGUGUUGGCAAAAAGAAAUCCUUCAUUGAUACUGGAAAGCGCUGGACUUGUAGGAAGCAUUCUUGUUCACUGUGCCUUGAUAUCCCAAGGUUUUGCUGCUAUUGUUGUCCGAAUUCAGUAUGUCAACAUUGCAUAAGCGGUUCCGAGUUUACAGUGGUUAGAGGGAAGAAAGGCUUUUGCAAGUACUGUUUGAAGCUUGUGUUACUCGCAGAAGAAAACUCAGAAUACGGUUUAGAUGGGGAAAAAAUAGACUUUAAGGAUCGGGAUACUUUUGAAUGCCUAUUCAAAGAAUAUUGGGAAAUCAUAAAAGGAAAGGAAGGUUUGAGUUUGGAUGAUGUCUAUUCUGCAGAUGUUGAUUCAAUAAAAAUUGGUGAGAGUGAAGAAGAUAUUGACCUGAGAACACCUAAUAGUGACACUGAUAGUACAGAACUUCAGAGGUCGAUGGGAAAAAGGAAGGCGCCAAAGGAACAAGAAUAUCUCGGAUGGGGAUCGAAACCUCUCAUUGAUUUCCUCAGAUCCAUUGGUAAAGAUACAACUAAACAGUUAUCACAGUAUGAUUUGGACUCUAUCAUCUUUGCUUACAUCAGAGAUAGAAACCUAUUUCACCCUGAAAAGAAGAGAAAGGUUCUAUGUGAUGAUAAGCUGUAUUCUAUUUUCAGAAAGAAGUCACUAGAUAGGAUGAAAAUAUAUGGUCUUUUGGGGGCACAUAUUAGUGAGAACUUGGUAUUAUUGGAUGAGAAUACAAGUGAGGAUGAAAAUGAAAAUAAAUUGGAAGACAAGAAGAAAGAUACAGUGAUAGUAGGGAAGAAGGGAACAGUAAGCUCAGAUAUAACAUCUCUUGAAAAUGAAGUGAGUCCUAGCGUCCGACAAAGUUGUUUUGCAUCUUUAGUGACUGAUAAUAUCAAGCUUGUCUACUUAAGAAGGAGCUUACUGGAGGAGUUGCUGAAGCAGCCUGAAAAUUCUGAAAGCAAGAUUCAAGGAAGUUUUGUGAGAGUGAAAAAUGACCCCAGAGACUAUCUUCAGAGAAAUUCUCACCAACUUCUACAAGUUGAAGGCAUAAGGAAAAUCUCAAGUAUUAAUGAAAUGAACGGUGAAAUUCUCCUGCAAGUUUCCAAUAUUCCAAGAGAUAUUCCCAUUUUUAUGCUGUCAGAUGUUGACUUCACUGAGGAUGAAUGUGAGGAUUUGCGACAAAAUGUGACAAAUGGCAUGCUGAGGAAACCUACAGUUGUUGAGCUUCAACAGAAGGCAAGAGAUCUCCAUGAGGACAUAACUAAGCAUCGGAUUGAGCGAGAGUUGGUCAGGUUACAGAAGUACAUUGAUCGGGCAAAUGAGAAAGGAUGGAGAAGAGAAUAUCCUUUCAUAGUGCCAAAGGUCAUUGCAGAGGUUUUAGAGGAUGAAUCUGGUUCCGUAGACUCCAUAGAAGUUGAUAAGCAAGGAAAUCUGGAAUAG